UUACGUGUCACUCUCCCACUGAACCUCACAUUUAUGACUCUCUCUCUCUCUCUCUCUCUCUCUCUUUCGACGUUGUCGAAAUCAGUUUGGAUUCCUCCUCCAAUGUCGAUCUAUCCAUCUUCUCUCUCGAUUCUCUCUUGAGAUCACUCCAUCUUCGAUUGUAAAAGACCAAAGGCAAAUCCAAUCGACAUCACUCCAUGUUCUCUGUCUGGAUUCAAAGACGGUUCUGUAUUCUUUCAUCGAAGAGCUUCACCGAAGAUGGAUUCAAGGAGGAAGCAGAUGAUCUUAUCAAGUCUCUGUAUUGUCUUUUGAAAUUAGACGAAGGAGUUGGAGUUCGUAUAGUGAAUUGCUCAAGCUUAGUGGAUCAGUCGAAGCUUGUUUCUGGGACCAUAGUUACUCUUCAGAGAACAACGUUUACUAUAAUCAGAAUCCUCCCUCCUAAGGCAAGAAGCUUACCAACGGAUAAGCUGCGGAUAACCUAUAUAUCAGUCAAUGUGGCUGUUUAUUUGGCUCAGGUUGUUAUAUGGGUAUUCAUCUGGGUAAAUGAUAACAGCACUGUGGAGUUAGUUGGAAAGAUAUUUAUGUCAGUUGUGUCUUUCAUCGCUGCGUUAGGCUUCUUGCUGUACGGAGGAAGAUUGUUUAUUAUGCUAAUAAGGUUCCCUAUUGAGUCAAAAGGAAGAAGGAAGAAGCUCCAUGAGGUUGGAUCUGUGACAGCCAUAUGCUUCACCUGCUUCCCCAUAAGAUGCAUUGUGGUGGGUGUAUCAGCUUUUGACAGGGAUUUCAACUCUCUCUCUUUAUCAUGAACUCUAUUCUUAAAGCAGAACGGGAGUCACAGGUUCUAAUGGAUGGAGGUGGUCUUAGACCCUUAAAAACAUACAACAGCUCUCUAACCGAAAUAAAAACAGAGAGAAGUGGAGACGUAGUAUUCAUCUUCUCAGUUGAGCUCGCUUGUUCAGAGGUGAUAGAAAAGCAGCUCUGUGGCCCAAAUCGGAUCGUCUAAGUGUAUGUGCCAUAUUGGUACAUGAUGAACAUGAGUAAGAAAAAGUGAUUAGAAGAUUGAUUGUAUAUAACUUGUGAUUCUUUGUAAUCUCCACCAUAGUAGUUUUCUGGCGAAAGAGCUAGUGCAGUUGAGAGCACUGUGUCUUCCUUGAGUAUUUAGAUUCAACCAUAAACAAACCAAGAGAAUACGAACUGGAAUCGCAACAUAUAUUUAUGUUUUUAACCGAGGAUAAAGCUUUUGUUUGGGGUUCUCUCUC